AUGUCCGCCAAAAGGAAUGUCAAAGGAUUCCUGCUUGACAUCACCGGCGUUCUAUACAACAGUCGAAUGGGAACUGAUGGCGUCGCGAUACCGAGAUCAGCGGAAGCGGUGCAAAUGCUUUAUGACAAUUCGAAGGUGAAAUUUCUUAGCAACUCGAAAGGAUAUUCAAAUGCCAACGUUGCCAAACGACUUCAAAGGCUUGGGAUCAAUGUUCGCGAGGAAGACGUUAUAACGCCUGCACCAAUCGUCGCUGAAUAUUGCCGACGCAACAAUCUGAAUCCGCAUUUAUUCAUCAGAAAUGAUGUUGCGCAUUAUUUCGCCGGUCUCGAGGAAACCGAAACGCCGAAUUGUGUGGUGAUGGGCGAGGUUGAAGACGGAUUCUCGUUCGAUCGAAUCAACAAGGCGUUCCGCGUUCUUCUCAAUAUGGAGAAGCCGUUUCUAAUCACAAUGGGCAACGGAAAGUAUUUUCAACGAAUCGACGGGCCUUGUAUCGAUAUUGGCGCAUUUGCUGCAGCUCUCAAGUUUGCAACAAAUUGCGAGGUCAUGAACAUUGGAAAGCCGAGCAAAUUCUACUUCCAGGAAGGGAUUCGAGCUUUGGGAUUAGAUCCUAGCGAGAUUGCGAUGAUCGGCGACGACAUCGCUUCGGAUAUCGGAGGUGCUCAGGAUUGCGGAAUGAUCGGCAUCCAAGUGCGAACCGGCAAAUGGCGUCCGGAAUUCGAGAAUCAUCCAGUAAAGCCGGAUCUCAUCGUCGACUGCCUCUACGACGCCGUCAAGCAGAUUCUUGAAAAUAAUCAUACCUUGUAG